AUGUCAACGAUUAUUGUGAAGUCAACAGUAUUUUUGCUAUCGCAUAAACGUUGCCCGUUGACAUGUUUCUGCUGUACGAUUUCGCGAAGCAUGAAUAAUUAUCGAAAACAAAUUCCUUGGAAAAACUGCAUUUGCAGAAUUGAAAAUGAACUUCUGGAAGUUGUGCUGAUGAAAAACAUGUUGAAUAGAAAAUCAAAUAAGCAGAGUAAACAAAUAAAAUUUUGA